CUAGUGACAACCAAGGCGUGCAAUACAGGAGCGAAGCCUGAGCGGUGACAAUGGCAUGGUGGAAGGUCAGCUCUGCUGGGAAAGAUGUUAACCCUGACCUGGCCAUUGAGAGAGAGUCCCCUUCCUUCAACGUGGAGACCCUCAUUAACAUCCUGCAUGGAGGGGCAGAGGAAACCCGACUCAGGAGAUCAGUGGUGACCACCAUUCAGAAGGACCCAGUGUUCAGCCUUGAGGAUCUCUACUUCAAGACCCGAGCUGAGAGAUAUGAAGGAGCCAUCCGAAACGCUUUCCAUUUAAAGAAGAAAUUCAAGGAGUUUGGAUGGGAAGACAAUGGACCAGAGGUGAUACAUGCCUACAGGGCACUUAGCGGAGAGUACGCUCUUAACAUCCACAAUGUCUUUACACAAUCUCUCAACGCACUGGGUACAGAUCAGCAAAUCGCCAAGUGGCUGCCCCUUGCCACCAACUAUCAAAUCUUAGGAACAUAUGCUCAGACUGAGCUGGGACACGGCACUUAUCUUCGAGGCUUGGAAACAACUGCCACCUUCGACCCCAAAACACAGGAAUUUAUCGUUGACACUCCAAACAUUACAGCAACAAAAUGGUGGCCAGGAGACUUAGGAAAGACCUGCACUCAUGCUCUUGUCCUGGCCCAAUUACAUAGUAUGGGAAAGAAAUAUGGAAUGCAUCCUUUCAUCGUGCCUGUCCGGAGUCUAAAGGACCAUUCUCCACUCCCAGGAAUAACUGUUGGUGACAUUGGGCCCAAGAUGUCCUUUGACCAAGUUGACAAUGGAUAUCUCAUGAUGAGAAACAUUCGUAUCCCAAAGGAAAACAUGCUAAGCAGGUUCUCUGAGGUUCUGCCCGAUGGCUCCUAUGUGAAACGUGGUUCAGACCAGAUAAAUUACUUCACCAUGAUUUCAGUACGGGUUUCCAUGAUUGGUAACGAAGUCGUGGAUUCCCUGAAGAAAGCAUGUACUAUCGCUGUGAGGUAUUCUGCAGUCAGACGUCAGUCAGAGUUAAAGCCCAGGGCCCAAGAAGCUAAGAUCCUUGAUUACCAAACCCAGCAACAAAAGCUGCUGCCUCUCCUGGCAACUUGUUAUUCCAUUCAUUUUAUGGCCACAUACGUGGCUGCAGUUUACAACAAGGUCUUCAAAGAGAUCAGGGUGGAGAAUUUUAGCUCUCUUGCCGAGCUCCACGCUAUCACUUCAGGAAUUAAAGCGUUUGCUACAGAGAUUUGCUCCAAUGGUGUGGAGGUGUGCCGCAAAGCCUGUGGGGGUCACGGGUAUUCUCUGUACAGUGGACUGCCAACACUAUACACCAGGGUUGUGGCUUCGUGUACUUAUGAAGGGGAGAACACCGUCCUACACCUACAAGUUGCAAGGUUUUUAAUUAAGUGUUUUGCUGCUGCCCAGUCAGGGAAGCCAUUACCUCAAACUACAUCUUAUCUGUCUACCCGGCUCUCCAGUGGAUGCCAGGCAAACACACACUUGGACUUCCUAAAUCCUGAUGUGUAUAUGAAGGCCUAUGAAAGCAGAGCAUACAGACUUAUUGCUUCUGCAGCAAACAAACUGCACCGUUUAGUACAGUCUGGAACGGAGCAAUAUGAGGCAUGGAACAACACGUCCGUGGAGCUUGUGAAGGCAUCAAUAGCCCACAUACAUUACUUAACUGUGAAGACUUUCACCUCUGCUGUGAGCACUCUGUCAACUCAACCUGAAAUUAAAACCGUCCUCAAGCGCCUUUGUGACCUGUACGCUUUGCACGGAAUAUUUACAAGUGCCGGUGACUUCCUGCAACAUGGCUACUUGUCAGGGAAACAACUGGAACUGGCCACUACAGCUUACCUUGGCCUCCUAGCAGAGCUCCGCAAAGAUGCCGUUUUGUUGGUCGAUGCUUUUGACUACUCAGAUCAACAGUUGAUUUCUGCUCUUGGGACCUAUGAUGGGAAUGUAUAUCACAAUCUGCUUGAAUGGUCUCAGAGAAAUCCCGACAUCAAAAAGGUGAGCCCGGUGUUUGAGAAAUACUUGAAGCCAUAUUUACAAAGCAACCAGUCCAAAUUAUGAAUACAGACAUCUGGAGGACGCUGAUCUAAAGACCUGACCUAUUUUGUACUGUGCCUUUAUUUUAUAUGCAGCUUGGUCAGUCCCUGCAGGAAACCACAAGUGCCUGGAAGUAAAACUAAUGAAACAUCUAAGAAAAAA